CUCAAUUGUAUGGGGACGAAGCGGUUUUAUCUAUGGAAAUCUUAAAAUAUCUUCUCUCUGUCCACCAGCGGCUCCACAAUCCGCAACUAUCCGGCCUCGAUUGCAGCUACGUUCCAAAUUGGAAAUGCCUGUGUCAGCGUAGUUUCCUCAACAACCACUUCUUCGCAGACCACGUCGCAAAUAUUAAAAUGGAAUCAGGGGAAAUGCAUCAACAAAUACCCUCAGGAGCACCCUUCGAUUGUUGGGUCCUGUUUUCCGAGGUGGAGGACGGUGAGGCUUGGAUCGAGAACUUAGACAUCCGACCGAUGUUCGGUAACCAGCGAUUCAGCGACAGACAGUUGCAAUCGUCUUCUUCAGGGGAAGGUGCUCUGGCAGCGAAGUAAGGCUGAGGUCUUUCGGUCUCCUCACGGUGCCCGCAUAAUUUCUGGCAGGAUACGCCACUUACACGUAAUCCUUACAUUUGAGCCACUUUUGUACUUAAGCGGUGAAUUAUUUUGCUCAAUCAAUGGAGAAGAGAGCUCAGGCAAAUGCUGUCAUUUGCGGGCUUUUCUGUUGAUGAGAAGAUUGAUAUCUUGAUCAGUUUGGGCAAUGAUAGAGGUUUUCUUUGAGAGUAUUGGUGCAUUUAGGAACGGUUUCACGUUUUUAUAUCAAAAGACUUCACUGUCUUCCUCAGUCCGCAUCGUUUUAUUGUUGUUGUGAGCGGCAGCGUUAAUGAGGCGUUUUAAUUUCAAGUCAACUUUCUCGA